GAUGUACUGUAGUUUGUAAGUUUAUGAUAAUAAUCCAACAUUAAUUAGUCGUGCGAUAAUUGACGCUAGAAGUACGACGGUCCAGUGGACCGGAUAGGUGUGAAAAAAAAUACAGUAUGAUCGAGCAAAAUUUUGUGGCAGAAAAUCCCAGAACAGAAUUCCCAUAUAACAUGAAAUUUCAUCAAUUCAAUUUCUAGAUUCUCUACCUUUUCUUUUUCACGAACUCCAACUCUCAGUUUCAGGUACUAUAAUUCCUUUCACGUUUGAUUCAAUUUCCAACAUUCAAUGUUCUGUUCCAAACCUAUUAAUUUCCAGUUAAUUCAUCAAUUUCAACAUGGAAGCUGUUUCAAAAAACCCUAGACCAACAAAAAUUGCAAAAUACCCAUCCAAAUCCAAAAACCCUAAUAGAAAUUCAACCCCAAUUCGAAAACCCAAUAAUCAUCAAUCAAAUCAAUUUCCAUCACAUCUUGAUACUCCAAAUGUUUCAUCAACUGCUCGUACCCUUUGCAAUCUUCUUACCCGAACAUCCCCUCAGGAUAUCGAUUCGGCUUUAUCCUCUUCAAAGAUUCAUCCUUCAGAAGAAUGCGUUCAUGAAGUUCUUAAGCUUUCUUACAAUUACCCUUCUUCGGCCAUCAAGUUUUUCCGCUGGGCAGGACGUUUGAGAAAACAUUCUGCCCAUUCGUGGAACUUGAUGGUUGAUUUAUUGGGCCGGAAUCAGCUUUUCGAGCCCAUGUGGGAUGCUGUUAGGACUAUGAAACAGGAAGGUGUGCUGUCUUUGCCCACCUUUGUUUCGGUUUUUCAGAGUUAUUGUAUGGCUGGUAGGAUUAAUGAGGCUGUUAUGAGUUUUGAUGUCAUGGAUAGGUAUGAUGUUGAGAAGAAUGUUGUGGCCGUUAAUUCGUUGCUUAGUGCAAUUUGUCGCGAAGAGAAUCAAACAUCGGCGGCUAUGGAGUUUUUAGAGAACAAGGUUAAGGGGAAGGUUGAGUUGGAUGGGGAUAGUUUCGCGAUAUUGUUGGAAGGAUGGGAGAAGGAAGGCAAUGCUGCUAAAGCUAUGAGUACUUUUGGUGAGAUGGUGAUUCGUAUUGGUUGGAGUCAGGAUAAUGUAGCAGCUUACGACGCACUUUUGAUGACUCUACUUCGCGCUUUGCAGUUUAACGAGGUUGUGACGUUUCUUAAAGUUAUGAAGGAACAUGACUGCUUUCCAGGUUUGAAAUUCUUUACCAAUGCUCUUGAUGUUUUUGUUAAAAGGAAUGAUGCUGCUCAUGCCAUCCCGUUGUGGGAUGUCAUGGUUGCUAGUGGGUUAUUGCCUAAUUUGAUCAUGUACAAUGCCAUGAUUGGGUUGCUUUGCAACAAUGGCGAGAUUGAUCAUGCGUUUCGCUUGCUUGAUGAGAUGGUUCUCCAUGGUGCUUUUCCCGACUCUUUGACAUAUAACAUGAUUUUCGAGUGCUUGGUGAAGAACAAAAAGGUUCGUGAAACGGAGCAGUUCUUUGCCGAGAUGAUCAAGAACGAGUGGCUGCCUACAGCUUCUAAUUGUGCAGUGGCCAUCGAAAUGUUGUUUAAUUGUGAUGACCCUGAUUCAGCACUUCAGAUUUGGAGUUACAUGGUUGAAACUCAUGUUGGUGCACUUGAUGUGAGUGCAAAUAUGUUGCUCAUUGGUCUUUGUAAAUUGAAAAGACUGUCAGAGGUCAGAAGGUUUGCUGAAGAAAUGCUUGAUAAAAGGAUCAUCAUAUAUGAAUCUACAAUGACCAAGUUGAAGGAAGUGUUCUAUAAGGAGAGUAGAAGUGCAAGUACAAGAGACAAAUUUGAUAAUUUAUACAGGAGGUGGAAAGCUCAUGUCAAGUUGUAAUCUAGAAAGUUUUUUCUUUCCUUUAUGUUUUACUAUAGUUUUACACUUCAUUGUUGAUGCCUCUUGUGUCAAAGACGACCUUUUCUUUUCUUGAUUUGACUUUGCCCUAAAACAAUAUCCUACAAAUUUUUCUGCAAAUACCUGCAUUUGUUUGGUUGAUAUUUUGUGGUAAAAGCAGUUCGUUUCUGGGACUGUUCAUGAAAGUUAGUACCGCAACAAAGCUGCAAAUUGAUUCUACUGGUUCCAUUCUCCUACAUGCAAAUUUUAUUGUGCAUAAAGGCUUGAAUGAAAGUUCAUCAUACUAUGCUCUAUCAUGUUUUAUACUUCUAUUAUGGAUGUCAAUGGCGUCAGUGGUGUAGAGGAGGCCAUGGUCCACCACAAUCAUUCAAUCUCCAGCAUUGAAUGAUAAAGCUCCGUCAAUGACUGGUUUUCUUUUCCCAGGACAUUAUGAUUAGAGAAAUAUAUCUUGCUUGAACAAGAUAUAUAUCUUUGCAAUAUAUAUCUUUUCCUAGAAAGGGUAUGCUUUUGUUAGGCUAUAUAUUUUUGUUAGUUUUACACAUUUAGAAUGACAGUUCCAAUAAACUAUUAAUUGAGAGAUACCUUGCCCUGACAAGUCAUUUCUCGUAUUGUCGGUGUGUUCAUUUGCAAGAUUCACAUGUGGCUAAUCCCACAUGGAUCAAUUACACACCAGCCCCCCAUUUGGAUAAAUCUAUUUUUUCCAUCCA